UGUCGCAUAGCAUUUCACUCUCUUCCUCUCCUCAACUUGCCGCUCCGAUUCUCCCAUCUUUCCCCUCCUCGUGAAACACAUGAGAGAAGGACCGAGAUCGAUAUCGAGAUCGAGAUCGAGAAGCUUAGGUGACGAUGGAGAGCCCAGAUCUUUCCCCGCCGCACGUGGACGCGUCCCGGCCGUCCCUUGGGUUCCCCCUAGGCACAGCCCUCCUCCUGAUCGUCAUCUUCAGCCUGAGCGGCAUAUUCUCCUGCUGCUACCACUGGGACAAGCUCCGCUCCCUCCGCCAGUCUUCCGACGACAACGACGCUGAUCCCGAGGCCGACCUCGAAAACCCGCCCUGGAAAUCCGUUGCCUCGUCCAAGGAUGUGAAGCGAAACCAGAGCCAGACCUUGCCGGUUUUGAUGCCGGGCGAUGAGACGCCGAAGUUCAUAGCACUACCAUGUCCCUGCCAGCCUCCGCGAGAAGAGAAAAACGUCGUCGUUAAAGCGCAGAAGCCGGUGAAGCCGCCUCGGCUACCAGUUCCUCUGUAUUAGCUAGCAGAAUGAAAAAUAUUCACGCUCUUUAAUGAUGUAUAUAAAAUAUCGGAAAAUCUAUUUUAAUGCAGCCAAAUACGCAAUUCAUUGUUUAAUGAAAGGUGAUCGUGAUGUUUGCAU